AUGAAGCUGGAGGUCUUCGCCCCGCGCUACGAGGACAAGCUGGGCGGCAGCGACCAGGAGGGCAGCGGGGCCCCGUCCCCCGCGCCGGGCGAUAGCGAGCUGGGCUCGGACGGGGACUGCGCCGCCCACAGCCCGGGCAGCGAGGGGGCGGCGGGCGCGGGGCCGGCGGGCGCGGAAGGCGGGAAGGGGAAGCCGUACACGCGGCGGCCCAAGCCGCCCUACUCCUACAUCGCGCUCAUCGCCAUGGCCAUCCGGGACUCGGCCGGCGGCCGCCUCACGCUGGCCGAGAUCAACGACUACCUGAUGGGCCGCUUCCCCUUCUUCCGCGGCGCCUACACGGGCUGGCGCAACUCGGUGCGGCACAACCUGUCGCUCAACGACUGCUUCGUCAAGGUGCUGCGCGACCCGGCCCGGCCCUGGGGCAAGGACAACUACUGGAUGCUCAACCCCAGCAGCGAGUACACCUUCGCCGACGGGGUCUUCCGCCGCCGCCGCAAGCGCCUCAGCCGCGCUCCGCCGCCGCCGCCGCCUUCCCCGCGCCCGGCACCAGCCGCCCCCUGCUGCUGCUGCUCCUCCGCCCCGUGCAGCUGCGCCGGGGGCCCCGCCGAGGAAGGGCGAGCGGGCGCCGCCGCGGCCAGGCCGGGCUCCAAGUUCUCCAGCUCCUUCGCCAUCGAGAGCAUCCUGAGCCGGCCCUUCCAGCGCGCCCCCGGCCCGGGCCGGGCGCUCUGGGCCGCGCCGCCCGCCCCCUACCCGCUGGGCUCCUACCCGCACCCGCCGGCCUCCCUCUACGCCGGCGGCGGCCUCCUGCCGCUCUACGCCUACGGGCCCCCGCCGCUGGAGCGCAGGAGGGAGGCGCUGACGGCCAGCGGCGCCCCCCACCCGCCGGAGCCUCCCCAGCUCUUCCCCUCCCCUUCCGAGGCGCUGCUCGGCUCCCCGCUCUAUUGCCCCCUCCGGCUGCCCGGCCCGUUGCACCCAGCCACGGGGCUCCCGGCCUCUUACCCGCCCUACCCCCUCGAGAGCCUCCUGCCUUAA